AACCUCCUGGUGGAUAAACAGAGGAUAACCCCUCUUCCAUCCAACAAUCCACACUCAAAAUUCGUACACACUCCGAAACUUUCUAACAAUGUCAACAAUCUCAGCAUUCCGACCAUUCACUUCUCCACUUCACAGAACCAACUAUCUGAAAUCUUCUCCCAUAAACCAUUGUUCUGCAAUUCAAUUCCACAAAAAUGCAAUUUCUUCCCAUAAUUUCCAGCAUUUGAGAAUGACCCAUAAUUCCAAAUUAAGGAGGGUAAAAUCAGCUGAGGAAGAAGCUCAAAUUCCAGAACCAGAAACGGCUGAGACAGCGGCUGUUGCGGAAGAGGAGGCUUCUCCUGAGCAAACUGUUGCCAUCCCAGUUUCCCCCUCUGAUAAGCUGAUAAUGUUUUUUCAGGCAGAAGGAACGUUGACGGAUUCAGCUAUCCCAAACGUGACUCAAGCAUUAGAGGGAGCGGAAGGUGUUUCUAAUUUGAAGGUUCAGAUUUCUGAGGGCAUUGCAAGUGUUGAGCUUACGAAGCAGACAACAAUUCAAGCGACUGGAGUAGCAUCUAGUCUGCUAGAAUCUAUACAAGGAGCCGGUUUCAAGUUGCAGACAUUGAAUUUGAGUUUUGAAGAUGAAGAGUUGUUAGCUGGGGUGUAAGAAUUUGUAUAUCAUAAUAGAGAAGAAUCUCUAAUGUAAUUUCUGCCUGUUAUAUGUGGUCUUUAAUACUAUUGUAUGCUGAGGCACUUUGAUUUAAGGUUGUAAUCAUUGUUUUCCUUGAGAGAAGUAGAUUAAAUGAAUUUUCUUGAAGCAAAAAUAUGCUCGUUCUCUGUU